UGUCUGACCUAUCAAAGUAUCUCAGAUAUGCAGGAGGAAGAAGUAUACACAUCCCUUCAAUGGGAUACUCCACCACCAAACCUUUACCAGAAACAUCUAUCUUCCACCAAAUAUUCAGGAACAUGGUGUCUCGUGAUGGUGAUUUUAUGUAUCUUCUGCAUGGGCUCAUUAGCAACUUCCAUUUUCUUGGGCAUCAAGUUGUUCCAGGUGUCUACUAUUGCAAAGAAGCAGCAAGAAAAUCUAUUUCAACAGGACACAGCACUGUCGAACUUCACACAAGGGAAGGGAAACCGUGACCUCCAGAUGGAAUAUUGCCAAAACUUGAUGCAAAACUCUUUCAGUUUAGGCCACAACUGCAACCCUUGUCCAGACAACUGGAUUCAGAAUGGAGAAAGGUGUUACUAUGUCUUUGAAACCUGGAAAAUUUGGCAAAUCAGUAAACAGGAUUGUUUAAAGAAGGGCUCUAAUCUUCUACAAAUAGACAGCAAAGAAGAAAUGGACUUUAUCACUGGCAGCCUGAGGAUGAUCAAAAGCGACUAUGAUUACUGGGUGGGGCUGUCUCAGGAAGAACUCGGCCAAUCUUGGUUUUGGCAAGAUGGCUCCUCCCCUUCUCCCAACCUGUUGUCAACACAGAAACCCCAAUCAACUCACAAGCUCUGUGGAUACCUCAGACACAAGUUCCUCUUUUUUGCUAACUGCACCAUGUGGAAAUAUUUUAUCUGUGAGAAGUAUGUGUUAAAAUCCUCUAUUUGAAAGAAAUCGUGCUCAAAGUCAUCUAUUGCAAUAGCAUUUGGAACAGAUCAUUGGAAAGCCUGCCACGAAAUGACAAAGAGCAAAUGCAGAAGACCAAAGUAAGGGCAAGAAAAUUAGCUAUCUGGGACUCAAAACUUAUUUUUGCAUUUGCACUGGGUAAUAUUCUUCAAUACUGAUUUCAAAUUGCCAAGAAUACAAUUAAUUCAGAAUUACAGAGUACAAAACUCUGAAGGAUUGAGAACAAAUUGAAGAAAAAGUAUAUCCAUGUGUCGCUUUUCUU